CACAUCAGCAAGUAACCGCAGAAGCGUCAGCUCCCGGACAGCGGCUCGCAGCAGAGAGGCAGCGGCAGCGGCAGCUUCGUGCAGCGCUUAUCCCGGACCCGGCUCCGGAUUUCCGACCGAUGUGAGAUACAGAGCGUCGCAGGCAAGAUGGGGACGUUUGGAGUGAUUAUAGGAGCUUUGCAUUACCUUGGGCUCUAUGCACAACUCUCCGUGUCUUCACAAGCUCUAUUCACUGAGGUCCCCCGUGAUGCCACAGCCAGGGCCGGUCAGGAUGUGGAGAUGGCCUGUGCCUUUCGAGGGAGUGGCUCACCCUCCUACUCAUUGGAGAUUCAAUGGUGGUACAUUCGUAACUCCAAGGACUGGACUGACAAACAGGCAUGGAACUCCCACCAGAUGAAAGUUCCUGCACAUGAGGAAUCCACAAAGGAGGCAACAAAAAUAAGCGCUGUGAAGGUGGUUGGAAGCAAUAUCUCUCACAAGCUACGGUUAUCCAAUAUAAAGAUUACAGAUGAAGGCACUUAUGAAUGCCGAGUGACUGAUUACAGUGAAGGCAAACCCAGGCAUCACAAAGCCAAAGCCUACCUGAAAGUCAAACAUGAGAUGCCAUCACAUGGAGCCUCCGCGCACAUGCAGGAUACCAAGGUUCGAGGAAUCGAAGGGACUCACACAAAUCAUAUUGCUAAAUCCUCAUCCUAUUCCACCAGCCCUCAAACAGUCCGGGCUAUAAAGGAAGGAGGGCUGGAGAAUGACUGUGAACAGAACGAUCAGUCUCUUGAUAGUGAUCGUAUCCACUGUGCUUAGCUGAAUAAGCAUUUGAGAGAAGUCAAGUGUUUGUAAAUUGUAUAGAAGGAGUGCAUGACCACCUUCAUUGUGGGAAUAUUCUGGCAAAAUAAAAUCUCCAAAACUGUAGUUAAAGUUGAAACCCCAUGUUGAAAUAUUUUCCUUAUUUGAUAUGUCUAAGAUUAUUGGAAGUAAAUUAUUGAUUUCAUUACAUCCGAGCGGAUGUUAAUAUGUGCUAAGUAUGCUAUAUAGAAACAUUAGCUACCUAAUAGUUCAAUAGAGUCAAACUCAGAUCAACUUUUCUUCUGGGCUUUUCCAAGCGGUUCAGAAUAAUGUUAAGAAAUAUUUUAUUUUCAAAUUGCCAUAGAACAGUUAUUCAACAUUAGAAGCCUUUACUUCAGAAUCUCUCAUCAUUUAGCAAUUGAAACCCUAUUUUACUCAACAAACCAAGAACUAUUCCAUCUUCUAACAAGACAAAAACAUUAUCACAACGUAAAUAUCAACCAUUGCCUAUCAAUUCUAGUCCGUGCAUUAAGAACGUCCAACUCAUUCUUUUUGCAAGAACUUACUAUCAAUAAAGACUAUCCCAAAUAUGUCUUGAUUUUAAAUUUUUAACAUCAGUAUACAGUGUCCCAAAAAAUUAUUUUAAUUACAUCUAAAAUAACUGUCUUAAAUUCCCCAAUAAAUUUUCUUGUUCUUCCUCAUGUCAAUCCACUGUAUUUAAUAACCUGAGUUGGAUGAUCAGCCAUGAUCAUAUUGAAUGGCGGUGCAGGCUCGAAGGGCCGAAUGGCCUACUCCUGCACCUAUUUUCUAUGUUUCUAAUCUGAAGUUUUUUCCAUUAAUAGUCUUUAUUAAUUACAUUAAAAAUCCCUGCUCCAAUCUAUUUCAGAAUUACAUCAUUUUAACUUCAGCCUACAAUGCCCCAACUAUUCCAUUUCAAUCUUGUCCCAUAUUUCUUCUGAAUUCUGAACAAUAAAUAAAAUAUCUGGGAUCCCAUGUAAUCACACAGGAUGACUUCAGCUCAAAUCUUGAACAAAAUACAAUGCGCUGGAGAAAAUCAGUGGGUCAGGCAGCAUCUGUGGAAGGAAUGGGCUGGUGGCUUUUCCAGGUUGAGACCUAUUUCAGUUUCUUGUGUGUCAAACCUUGUGCUAGUUUUAUAGUAAUGUAUAAUCUGUAAUAACUAUUGUAACCACAUUCCAUGAAAUGCUCUAAUUUUUUUUAUCCAAUAUAUGGACCUUUGAUAUAAUCCAACACAUUUUCACUUUUAAACACAACAUUAAAAAUGUUCCUAUCCCAAUGCACAUGAAAAUUAACGCUUGACGGUCACUGUUUUAUAAUUCAUUUAAUAUCUUUUACUUCAUGAAAAAUACAUACCUUAUUUCAACUUAAUUAAUUAAAAUGUUACAACUUUAUCUUGGAAAAGCAAUCAUAAAUAGCCUUUCAAUAAGCCACAAUAAUCAUGUAUCCCAAAUUGUAGACUCAUAUUUGUAAUGAAGGUUUCACAAAAAAUGUUAAGACAUAAUUUAGCAUAGCUUGUAGGAAUGAAAAGCAACAAAUGUUUUUGAAUAGCACUCCAUGAAAAUAGUUGACUAUCAUCAAUUCUUCUCUGUUUGGCUAAAGAACAAACUAUUUUGAUAAAUUUUAUGGGAAAAUAUAGGUGAAAAAUCUCCUCUCUAUUCACACACUCUAUGAGCAAUUAGCAAUUGAAAUGUGUAUGUGUUGUGCAUUGUCAGUGUGCCCUUAAGUGUCUAUGUAAACUCCUACUGGAGUUAAUUGGAAUGACAAGCAAUUCGCUUCUGCUCUCUCGGAAUAACUAUUAAUUUUGAUAACAAUAUAAAUGUCUGAUAAUAGUUUAUAGGCCACAUCUAAAUAUCUUUAAGGAAAUCUAAAUCAUUUGGUGAGAUGUUGUCCUUCAAUACUGCAUGGACUUGCAGAUUUAGUUGCUUUGACGUGUUACUUGAUCAGACAUAAGCACAUUUGGUGCUGUGCAAUAGAACACCUCGCUGUAAAUAGCACUUGAUUCUUUAAUUUUCUCUAGCAUUGUCUUAUUUAAUUACAAAACCUAAUGUAACUACUCUCAAGUAACUGUUGCUGUAUGUGCAAGAACUUUUUCAAAAUCACUUGUGUCCAAUUUUACUUAAAUCAAUAAGAAAAAAGCACUUGGGCGCUGACAAUGGUACAUUUUUGACUGCCCAAUUAACUGGAUCCCAUUUUCCCCACACAAGAUCUACAAGAGCUAGUUUUGUGGUUUAGUGACAAAAUCAGCAGGCCAAUUAUUGCCAGAGGAAAGCAGUGCUCACAUCUUAUGUAUUGCAAAUCUGCAUUAACGCCUGUUGUUCUGUCAGGAGUAUGGACUGGGUAGGAUGGCAAAUGGCUCCCAGCCUUAUGCCUUCAUGCCAGUUAAUUGCCCAGUAAACCAUUGACAUAUAUUGCUCACUGACAAAUGAUGCCACUUCACAUUUUGGAACCCAUUUAAUGAGCCAUGAAGUGGGAUGAUGCUUGGGCUAUGGUGUCCAUUUCAUCAAUCACACAAAUGGCCUGUCUAAACUCUGAACAGCUGGCAGUCUGCACAGCGGAAAUCUCUUUAUGGGAAAAAAUAUAUUUUUAGUAGUAUUUCUAGUCACCGGGGGCAUAUAACAUAACUAUCGCUGCUAUGUCGUUUAAUUACUGAAUUUUAUUUGAUCAUCUGUUGCAGAAACUCUCUGUAAAAUUAUUUGUUGAAUGUGAUUAAUAAACACAAGAACAUGGAUCUGAUAUGACCAGGUAUUGUUAU